AUGAACGGCAUCUUGGCUGUGAUACUGCUGUGGCCGCAUCGUCGCAAAACACGACGAUUACCACGACAUACGGACCUGCUUGAGCUCAACAGCGAAGCAUCUCGUACAUUCCUUGCCUGUCUACAGAACACCGGCGUUGAAUAUAAAGUCUAUGUCGACCCUGCUGGGGCUACUGUGGUUGUACCCGCGACAAAACGAGAGAUUGACUUUGACGGUGUCGACGCGAAGCUGUUGAAGUGUAUGAUGCAAGUAAAACAUCUCAUGCACGUGGUCACCGAGUCAUCCCUAUACGACCACGAUGAACAUGAAAAUGCGGUAGCUAGCCAUUCUGUCACGCACGAGUGGCUGAGCGAAUAA